AUGAGGGGAAAAAAUAAGUGUAUAACUUCAAUUAAAAUUAUUUCACUCAUAGGCAUAUUUUCUAAAUAUUCUUUUAACACAUUCAAUACUUAUAAUACAUAUAUUACAAGAACUGAACGAACACUGGCUAUAAAGAUAUUCCAAAGUAAAUAUAAACAAGAAGCUUUAAAAGUUAAUUUAAAACACUUUAACCCCAAAUAUACUAUAAACAAUGGUUCCCAUAAAAUAUCCUCUAUAUACAAAGAUAUGAAAUUGCUGGAUGAAUGUGUUCAAGAAUUAUUAUUAGAUCUACCUGAAAAAUUAGAUAAACAUGUAGUAAAAGAUGAAAUAACGAAUAAAACAUUAGAAAGAGCCCUAUUUAAAGAUUACCCUAUAAUCCAUGUUAUUCCAUUAAGUAGAAGAAUUGCUACUAUAUUGUAUGAUUUUACUAGGAAAAAAAUACAUGAGAUUGCUGUUCAUUCUAUAUAUAAUUCUUUAGUUAUUAUUUUAACAUAUAAAUGCAAUUCAAAUUUAUACGGUAAAUAUACAGAGUUAAAUAAUAUUGCAUUUCUUACUAUAGUGGUUAUAUGUUUAUCACAAAUAUUAUAUAAUAUCGGAAAAUUUGAUUUUUUAAAAAAAUAUGAAACUCCUGAAAUGAGAGAAAAAGAAUUAGCCAAGGAAAAAAAAUGGGAAAUUAAAAAAAAAAGAGAACAGGAUGUGUUAAAAUAUAAAGAAAUAAAAAAACAUGGAAUAAACGAUUUGGACACUUACAUGCAGUACUAUAAGCAAAGAUAUUAUAGUAGGAAAGGAUUAGGAAAAUUUGACAGUUAUUGUGAAAAAUAUGUAUUUGAUAAGAUUCAUAAAAUAGAUAGAAUUGCUGAAUGUAGUAAGAGUUACAAUAAAAAAUUAAAAAAUAAUUUGUGUAUAAAAUACUUAUUUUAUACUAUUUCCCCUUGUUUAUUUCAAUUUUUUGUAAUAAUUGCCCCGGUUUUAGAUAGAAUUGAAGGCCUUCAAUUUGAAGAAUAUAAAAGAAGUUCAAUUUUAGGUACAUAUGUGCCAACAUCAGUAUCAUAUAUUUAUAUUGCACUUUUUGUACUAUUAUCAUAUUUUAUUUUAGCAUCAAUUGCUUAUAUAAUGAUAAAAUUAUUAAAACAUGAUAGAAUAUCAAUAAUGGAAAAUAUAUUAUAUGUGGAUAAAUAUUACUUAGUUCAUAACAAUAUUAUAUAUUUUUUUUUAUCUUUUUAUUUAGAAUUAUAUCUGUUUUAG